CUUUCAUUGUCCCUUAUCCGGUGCAAUCCCGUGCUGGUAACGAGGCUUGGAGGGGGCAAAAAGUAAAGAAGUCGUUAGGAUCCCAACUUAUUCCACCUAAACGUUUGGCGUGGUGUAUCCGGUAGAACACUGACCCUUUAGAGCUUUCUAAACUCCAGAACAGCUAGCUACCUCGCAAGCUCCGGGAGCUGCGAUAUGAUAUGUCAGCGUGCGCCUUAGUGUUUGGCUGCAGCACGAGACCAACGCCACCCGUCGAUUCCCACAAAGGAACUUCACCAACUAUCAACUUCUUCCUUACUAGGGUCUAACUAGAAGAAAAAGAAACAUAUCAACAUUUUAACAUCGAUAUACCGACAUACCGAUAUAUCGAUAACUAAAUCCCCGUUUCGACCUCGAGACUAACCAAACACAACUAAGGCUUUUGUCAUAUAUCCCGAAUCCAAAAAUACCUAGGUAGUCCGAUUCGAUAUAACGAAAUUACAAAGACCGGGCCGAGCCGAGCUUUAGUUAGACAUCAUAUAAUACCGCACACACUCUCCCCCACAUCAUGGAUGAAGCACUCGAUCCUCCGGCUGCGGUUGCGGCUGCUGCUGCUGAAUUCUCUGCUGUUUCGCAGUUCCUCAACACCUAUGCCGUAGGCGACACUAUUUCGCGCGCAACCUCACCUGGGUUGCCGCUCUCAGUUGAUAUCGACGAUGCCAAGCGCUACCGACCACGUACCUUUGCAUACUUUCGAUUAUUACCUUACCCAGUCGAGGACGAUGCCGCGCGUGAUGCCGCUUUGCAGGGAAUACUCAAGCAGCUAUAUAUAGCUGUCAAGGCCGAGGACUUCUCUCCUGGUGCUCUCCACUGGACGCGCCAACUCCAAGGAUGGCUUGCCCUCAAGUUCGAUAUGCCGCGCGAGUUACGCGCCAAGCUCGUACAGUUGUACUUUCACCUCUCGCUCGCUCCUGGCUUAGACAAUAACUCAGCCGAUCGAUUUUCCAAGAUGGUCGUGACGUUAAUCAGGAGAAAGCAAGCUCUUAAGCCCGAACAGGACCUCAUCCUCGACUGGAGACCGCUUUGGACGGAGUUGAAGGCGUUAGUACUACCCGGUGAGGCUGCUGCGCAUCAUUCUUCUAGAAGGCGGGGGAGCAAGCAUCUUCGGAAACUCUGUCUCUAUUCGCAGUUAUACUUCGAUCCUAAAGAACGGCGCGCCAUCCUGGAGGAGGUACUGCCUUAUUUCAGCACGUCUGAUAUACAGAACGCCUACAUUGUUAUUGGUCUGUUGAACAUUCUCAUGCCUACGACCCCAGCUCCUGCUACGGAGCCGCAAUCUCAGCCGUCCGAUUUUAUACCUACGUUCUUCCAUCUCUGGUCCCUGAUGAACCGCUCCAAGGUGGUAGACAAUGCCUUCAUCGACAUAUUCUCUAGAGUAGCAAGAGACUACUUGACGUGUCGGCAUGUACCCUUUGGUGAGCAUGGCGUCUUCACACGCGAGCAGUCCGAUCUAAUAUUUACUGCCAUUCUUCGUUUGACUGAAAUUCCCGUUGGGCAAGCGAAUUCACCAUACUCAUCACUCGACUACUCGGUUGGUAUGGGUAUAUUUCUCGAGAAAGACAAGAAGAAACAUCCGAUACCCUAUAUUGUAGCUCGCUGGAUUGUAUCUUCUUUAUCGCCUCAUUGUCUCGGCAAGGAUAACUCGAUAUUGAAUAGCCUUGAAGGACUCAUGGAGUCAAUUGAUACCUUCUUCCAUCCGUCAAAUCACGGGUCUUGGUCUAAGAUAUUGGCACAGCUUACCUAUUACCUUAGCGAGUUAUUUGUAUCGCGUUGGAACAGGGAGCAAAAUGAGGAGCAGGAUACCCCCGCCGAGCGAAAGAUCAACGAUGCUUUGAAGAGCCGAUUUGUCCUGAGUUUACGAGAAGUCACAUUCAUGGGACUUUUUGGCAAAAGCUCGGCUAUUACCAGCUUGUACUUCAACGCUCUCCAAAAUCUUACCUACCUAGAACCUGACCUGUUGCUGCCCGGUGCGCUUCAGAGGUUCUACCCAAGUCUACAGGGCCUUGUUGAAGUUCAUCGAACUACCUCUAGUCUUUGCGGUCUGAACAUGAUUGCUAAUAUCAUGUCGCGUCAGAAAGGCUUCCGGUGUCACAUCACUGCUCUACUAGCAUUGGCUUUACCUGGUAUUGAUGCUAACGAUCUUAACAAGACGCAGUUUACCUUGAACUUUAUACAAAGUGUUGCGUACAGUAUCCCGUUUGUGACUUUGACAAAAGAGAAUAACCAAGUUCAUGAUACUAGCCUUGCUAUGCAAUGGGUGCAAGGGGAGAUGGAGAGAAUGGAACGCGAAGGCCAAGAUGUCAAGAUCGAUUAUAAAAAUGAACUGACCGACGAGGAUGAAGCGGACAUCGUGCGAUCCUCGACCGCAGGUUUUGGUGAAUUCAUCCUAGCGCUGCUGGGCAAAGUCUUCACAUUACUGGAGAAUCUACCAGAUGCGGCGCAGGUCCGCUCCGGGUCUCCUGAAGAUAAUAUCAUCAAUACUUUACCGGCGGCUUUGACUCCGAUGUUUGCUUCUCUCUCGCCCGAGCUCUUUGAUAUGGCUUUGGAAAAGCUUUCUGCUUUUGUCUCGAGCCAUGUAGUCCAUCAGGCUCGUGACGCCAUGGCUUGGAUCUGCAACGCGCUUUGCAAAGUGAACCCCGAGAAGACGCUUAAGGUAUUCAUUCCUAUGUUGAUCGUCAACAUACGAAACGAGAUUGACUACAACGGCGCUGCUUCCGAUCGGAGCAGCGGUACCGAAGUCCUUCCUCGGGAUAGGGCUCUCGUGUGGCACGUGAGUAUUUUGAGCAUGUGCGUUGUUCAUGUGGGUAGCGAGGUGCUCAAGUAUAAAAAAGAGCUUUUCGAAAUCGCAGAGUAUAUGCAAGAAAAGUGCAAAGGCCUUCCUGCUAUUCACAUCAGCAAUUAUAUACACCACCUACUCCUCAACCUUACGCAUACGUACCCUAUAGAUACUUCGCUUUACGAGCCUGAUGUCAUAAAACGUGGUCUCGACGUCGAUGAUUGGGGCAAGACGACCCCACCAACGGACUUGACGAUUCGGUGGCAUCGGCCUCUGCAAGAAGAGAUCCAAUUUGCGGUUGAACUAUUUGAAUCACAAGCUGGAGGGUCUAUGCAGCGGCUCGAGUCUUUUAUGAGCGACAGCCCGCCUGUGAGUCGGAAAGGAAAGAACAAAGAAUGGUCGGAUGAGGUCGCUCGCCAAUUAACCCAGCUGCGAUUGGUUAUUUCUGGUCUUGCAACCCUAUUUGACCCGAAACGAGCAUCUGGGGAGGUUAAUAGACAUCCUAAUGGUAAUGGAAAAUCCAACCAGCAAGAGGACGACAUCAUCGCUGAUGGUGGCGAUGACGACGAUGAGGAGGACACCAACCCGUUGGCCGAGGUGGGGGAAGACGACGAGACGAAGCCACAGUUUAAAUAUCCGAGCGGCUACUUACUUACACCUGACACCCCGCUUUAUGACCGCAUUCAUAACCUCCGGGAAGAUAUAGGACGCUUACUCUCUCGAACGCAUUCUUUCCUAAACUCCCACCAGGAGGAUGAUGUUGCUUGCUUUACGGCUCUGUACAACACGUACCGCACCUGGAUUACAGAUGUGGGAUUCGAAAGGUCGGCACAUCCGUUAGACCGCCUAGUUCGAUUAUACAGGGCAGAUAUUGCUCCUUUCAAAAUCAGUGGUUUGCGAAAGGUGUAUCCCAGGCCUCUUCUUAUCAAGAGGGCCGACGCAUAUCAGUUACAGAGAGUCAAGCAUAAUGCAUCAGUCCGAAGGAAGAGCGAAUUAGAUAAGCGUCUUCUUCUUGAUCUUGCUGAAUCUUCUGUCUCUUCGUACGCGGACGUGAGACGAAUCGCCCAAGGUGCGCAAGACGCCUCGCUAAAGGCUCUGAUAGGCGGCCGACCGCUCGUUAUUCCCGUAAUACUAGAAAGGUUCCGCAAGGCUCUUGAAGAGGUAGACCAUGACCGGAUUAAGGGGGCAAUGUAUACGUUACUCUUUACAAGUCUACUUAGGACGUUGAUGAGGGACUGGAGAUUUGCCCCCGACUUGAUGCGCCUAUAUAUCCAAUCAGCUAAUGUCGACAAGACGUCAAUUCAAAAUCUCGGCGCCACUGCUAUUUACCCGCUGAUGGACUUUGGCAAGAGGUUUGAAUUGAUGGUAAUCACCGACGAAGAAAUAGUUAAUUUGAUCAAGCCGGACGAAGAUUGCUCGAAGGCCAUCAAUGCAAGACACGAUUUCAUCGUCGAACGUAGAAAGAAGGUCGAACAGAAAAAGGCGGCGUUAGGACUUGAGUUAACCGAAAUCGCAAAAGAAUCGCACUGGAAGACAGCUAGUCGCUGUGCUAUCUUUACCACGAACCUCUGCCUACGCUUCGAGAGCAUCGCGCCACCAGAAUUCAUCGAACUUGUCGUUAAGGGAACCAACGAUCCUCACCCAGGCUUAAGGGCUAAUUACCUCAAUGCAUUUUCUAACAUAUUUACUGCGAUUGAUCAGCGCGCCGUAUAUGGGCAUAGUUACCGUGACUACCUUUGCGAGAAAGAACAAGAUAUCAAUAAGCUUGCCAUCCCGGUUCCGAAGGGUGAUGCGGAAUUCACAGAGGCUUUCUUGGAAAGCUUCAAGCACCCUGAAAGUGCGGAGUACUAUGUAGACACAGAUCACCCUGGCUGGCUAGUCUGGGGGAAACAGUUCAAUGCCUUUAAAGCAAACCCGGAGAAGUUUGACGCCUAUGAUGACGUAGAGAAGGCAGCUAGGCAGCAAAUUGGUAAAUUGAUCACGAGAGAAUGGCUUUCCCAAUGUUUCGACUAUUUAAAGCAGGAGCCGCGGGACGCGAACUCUGAUAGAUUCAGGACAUCCAAUGUUGUCCUGCUUAUGCACGUCUUUGACCUCAUGAUAUACGGGCAGACGGAGCUAAAGUUUGAGGAUGUCAAAGAAUUAGUAGCUGAAGUGUACGGUGACGGAAGCGAUAAGCACCAGCAUCGCGCUACAGCAGAGAUCCUAGGUGCCUUGAUGGUUGGCACAACGUAUGAUCCUCUUUCUAUGAAGCAAGAAGUAUGGGGUUUUGCACAACCGAUGAUCCUCGAUAUCUUCGCCGAUAACCUUACGCCUGACAACCUCUCAUAUUGGGCCACAUGCCUUCACUUUAUCAUCGAUACUAAGGAUCCUCGUCGUGCUAGUGAGCUUGUUAGCCGCCUAAGCUCUUUCCGCCUGGAUAUGAACUCGAAUGCUGCCUUCAAGGAAUCCUCAAAAGUGCAGCUUCUCGAGUUCCUAAUCAACGAUUGUGGUUGGCACUAUCGUCACGAGAAACCCAUUUUAGACGACUUCCUAGCGCAUAUCGAUCACCCAUACAAAGCUGUGCGUGAAUCGAUCGGCCGCGUCAUUGCUACAAUCUACAGGACACGAUAUCAUGAGUCGUUUGAGAAUGUCGGCGCUCUACUGGAACAGAACAAGGCAGACUCGAACAUUGGCAUUCGCCCUUACCAGCCAAGCGAUGAAUUCACUGCUACCAUCAGGGACGUAUUCGACCGUCUUGAAACAUGGCGUCAUGAGCGUACACCUGGUCAACAAACACCGUCUUCUUACACAUCGGGGUCAAAGACAGUUCUAGUGUGGUUAGAUAAUACGCUUUCCUCACAAGAAUGUAUCCAGCUUAUUCCCUUUUUUCCGGAGCCUUUUAUUGGCCAGCUCCUACACAUGAUGGAUGUCAAAGAGGACCCAGAACUAAUGCGUCUAGCCUAUCACGUCUAUCGCCAUUUGCCAAACAUUCCCUUCCGCAUUGGAGAAGACGCGCCAUUUAUUGAGGCAUUGGUCCGUCUAGGAAGAAAUGCUACAAGCUGGCACCAGCGUUUGCGGGCACUUGUAAAUAUGCAAGUCAUCUAUUUCCGACGAUUAUUUUUGAUGGAUGCAUCGCAUCGAGAGUUGCUCUUCGACGCUGUGGGCGACAUGCUAGCUGAUUCCCAGCUUGAAGUUCGGACGGUUGCAGGUGCGACGCUGGCAGGGAUGAUCAGAUGUUCUCCAGCUACGAUACGAAACCCCUUUAUCGCCACUCUAAAGUCUCGUUUCGAGACUCAGCUAGCACGAAAUCCAAUGCCGAAGAAAAGGCAGCCUGGUACAGAAACACCGAUCAAUGCUACACAGCAAAUUGCGAAAAGACACGCUGCGGUUCUGGGUCUUGGUGCCCUGAUCGAGGCGUUCCCAUACGCGACGCCGCCGCCAAGUUGGAUGCCUGAGGUCUUAGCCUUACUCGCUAGACGCGCAGCAAAUGACCCGGGUGUGGUCGGCAAAGCCACAAAAAGCAUACUCUCUGAAUUCAAAAAGACAAGACAAGAUAGUUGGGGGGUCGAUCAGAAGUAUUUCACCCAUGAGCAACUUGAGGACCUAGAAGGAGUCCUUUGGAAGAGUUACUUCGCAUAAAAGUACCAGGGGUUUUAUGUUUAACCCGGUUUUUUCGAACCGUAUCAAAACAUGCCUCCUCUGAAGACGGAGUAGAAAUUUAUAGCCAGA